AUCUCGAAAAUUCCAAACAGCAAAAAAAUAAAAAAUAAAAGAACCCUCUUCCCUCCCCACUUCUGCUGCUCCAUGGCCAUGGCGAAGGCGAGGCCGCGCUCGGCGCGAUCCAGUCACCGCCGCUGCAACCUCCUCCUCUCUGUUGCCCUCCUGUCGGCGCUUCUCCUCCUUCCGGCGGCGACGGCCUCCGCGGCGGUGGCGGUGGCGGUGGCGGCGGAGGGGGACGAGGAGAACAGGUCGCGCGGGGCGGCGACGCAGUGGGCGACGGGGAAGGACGAGGGGGAGCUGGCCGCGGAGCGGGAGGCCGCUGGCGAGGGGUCUGUGGUGGAGGACGACUUUGCGGGCGGCUUCGGCUCCCUCGACAGCAUGCUGCAGUGGGCCAUCGGGAAUUCGGAUCCAGGAAGGCUGAAAGAAGAAGCGGCGGAUGUGCAGAAGUUAUCUGAGGAUGAGCUUCUCAAGCGGCGGCAUGAGAUUAAGGACUUGAUGGAGAAGUUAAAGAUGCCAUCAGACGCUGACUUAAUGAAGAUUGCAAUUGCUGACUUAAACAAUGCUUCCAUUUCACUGGAGGAUCGCCAGCGUGCAUUGCAAGAGCUUUUAAUUCUUGUUGAGCCCAUUGAUAAUGCCAAUGACCUUGACAAAAUUGGGGGCCUUGUUCCUGUGAUUCAAGAUCUUAAUAAUGCAAAUGAAGAAAUACGGACCACCUCUGCAUGGAUCCUGGGUACAGCCAGUCAGAAUAAUGCCCUUGUCCAAAGCCAGAUUCUUGGUUAUGGGGCUUUGGCAAGAUUAGUGAAGAUGGGUUAUUCCACUUCGACAAAAGAAGCUGCAAAGGCAAUGUAUGCUAUAUCGGCUUUAAUCAGAAAUAACGUAAAUGGUCAGGAGGCAUUCGCUUUGGAAAAUGGGAACGCAAUGCUGCAGCACAUCUUGGGAAGCAACAGUGUUGAUGUUGGGCUUCAGAAGAAGGCAGUGUUUUUAUUAACAGAUCUAGCGGACUUUCAGCUAAAUUCUGGAAACUCAGGGCUCACUUUCUUAAGUGAACGCGUUUUGCUGAAGUCAGUCACUGAUAUGUUAUCAGAGUUUGAUCUUGACCUUCAAGAAAAGGUUUUGUUGGCCAUUAGGAGCCUACUGAAGCUUCCCUCGACAGACGCCAGGGACUUCGAGUCAUGCGGUCUAGACAGUGUUCUGUACAGACUGGGGGUGCAGCUGGAGGAGCUGCCUUCAGAGGACCAGAAGGAGUAUGCCGGGGAGGUUGACGCCCUCCGGAGAGAAGUGUUGAUGUUCUUCCAACAGAAGCUCAAGCCGGGUACCGCUGCCGCGGCGGCGUUAUAGACAGCACACACGGAUGAAGGGAAGGGAAGCAGCCUGCCGAGUUUUCGAUCCAGUGACUCAGUGCUGGUUGCCAAGUUUUUGAAAGAGUAGAUUAUUUUCCGAAAGAGUCUGUCUGCCGAGUUGAGUCCCCUCUUACUCUUGCAGGAGGGUUAAUGGGUUAUAGUGCUGUGGGAUUGGAUGGAUAGAUAGGUUAGACACUUGAUAAGAUAUGGUUAGUUUUCCCAUUCGCAGGACUAGUUACGACAUCUGCUGUGUUACUUGGAAGGUUUUCCUUUUACUGGAGGAAGAGACGAUGAUCUUCCCUGUUGUGUAGCUCCUACAAUGAAUCAAUGACUUUGUUGGAA